AUGUCUGGAAACUAUUCCGAAUACCUUUUGGGAGAAAUUCCUGUCGACCUUGCGGGAGAACUUCCUGGAGAGCUUCCUGGAAACUUUUUUAGCGACCUUCCUGGAGGAAUUCUUGAAGACCUUUCCAGAAGCUUCACUGGAAACCUCACGGAAAAUGUUUCACUGAAGGCAACGCAAUUGAAUACAUUCCCCCAGCAGUCUGUUUCUCCCAUCGUCAAAAACAAUAUGACCACGUGCGUGUUUCCAAUGCCUGCACCUCUCGACCCGAAAGAUAGGCCUGCGGCCGAAGGCCAUGGCUCAGCAUACAUAGAUGCUGCAACCUCUCCAUCCCCAGUGCCAACAAAGGCUCAGAAACGUACCUCAUUCAAAGAGCCACAAAGUCUUCCAGAUGAGCAUGGGCUUCUGGAUCAGGAUGAGAUUCUCAAGCUGAUUUAUUACACCCCAGCCAUUCGCAAGAAAUACCCAUCUUGCUUCAGCUCGACAGGCCAUAUUCGAGCCGAGUGGUAUCCACUCUUGUUUGAGAGGACUGCCGAUGGUGAGCUAAAACACCCAGAAUCAAUCCUUGCUUCCAAUACACAGAACUGGCACGCCAAAUUGCGGACUUAUGAGUGUACCGACCAACCUCCCCGUGCUUCAAAGUCCACAUCCCCACCAUCGACCCAACGUCAGCCAUUGAAGCGCUCAGCAAGUCAGACAGAAAAGAGGCAUUCCAAGCGUACGGCAAAGAACCCGAAACCAACCGUGGAGGAAGAACCUUUAGCGAGAAUGGAAGAGCCUGAAAAUUUGUCGGUCAUGCCUACUGUAGCGUCUCCAAGCGAAAAUGCGGACCAGUCCAAUGAUACUCCGGCUCUUCCUCCAAUAUCACGAUUCUUCGGAGAAACAGCUACUGCCCAUGGUCACCCACAGAUUCCACAGCCAAUCCCAAGCGUGAACUACGAUACCAUGCAGCCAGGGUUUGCUACAUCUCAAACCUAUCCCAGCACCUAUCCAAGCCCUGCACGACUGGGAAACCUUGCUGGUAACCCAAGCUUCGCUGGCAAUACGGAGCCGAAUUUCUAUCAUAAUCUUGCCCAGAUUGAAUUCCUGGAAAGGGACUGGAUCCCUCCAUUUCUUAGAUGGAUGGAAUCACGAGUGCAGCGAUUGCACAUGGCUAUCGUUGAAGCUAAUGACCUUGGUCAAAGCCAUGAAUACCAGACCAAUCUAGCUCAGCUUGUGGCUGCAUUGUAUCAACUCCGUAUGGCAUGCCUUGAACUGGACAGCUUUCUUCGGGCGGAAACCAUGAUUCAGUGA